AUGGUGGUCGGCACCGCCCAUUCUCCUGAAGCUGGGACACCCGCGUACGGCACGCGCCGCGCUAAAUUUAAAUACGAUGAACUUGUUACUAAAGGAAUGCGAGCAUUAAUCAUAGGCAGCGGAGCUGAUGUACAGGCGACGAGGGUGCUCGGCGUCACGCAGCCUACACACGUCGGAAACUUACAGCUCAUGCAUUAUUCAAAGGCAAAAGCAAAUACAAAUAAAUAG